AAUUUCAAAUUGUGUACCGUGGUGUAUGAAAUUUUCUGUGUACGCCAAAUUCUGCCGUCAUAUUUAAGGAGAGCACAUAAUAUUUAUAUUAUAUACGACAAGAAUUAACUUAAUGUUGAGUUGAAUGCUCGUGCUAUCAUAACUUGAACUUACUGGUAGGCCCAAGUGCUCAUUUCAGAAACUGAGUUUUAUUAGUAUUUAGAAAUGAUGUUUAAUGAAGAAUGCACAAAAGAUCCGUGAUUGUGAUUCAGUCAACUAACUCUCAUCAGCGAAGGGUUGGAAAACAACAACAAAAAGCGUCAUAGCUCCAGAUUCAAACUGCCAGUCGAAGUAGAAACAUUUUCGGGAAGGAUAAUAGGAACAAAAUGAAUCGUGGCACCGAGGGUCGUGUGUUGCUAGUUGGAGAGGGGAACUUCUCUCUCUCUGCUUCACUUGUGGCUGAUAAUAUAUUGUCUGGUGCCCAGAUGGUCACUUCCUGUCUGUCUUCCCAAGUCUCUGUGCAGGAGGCACAUGAGAAUGCACAAGAAAGCAUUGAAUAUCUGGCAAAGUCAGGUGCAACAGUCCUGUUUGAGGUUGAUGCACGAGAACUUCACAACCAUGAAGUGAUAAGAUUUUUUGAGUUCUCAAGGGUGAUUUUCAACUUUCCACUGGCUGACCGUCAUAACAUUAAGAAAAAUCGUGCACUUCUUUCUGACUUCUUCAGCAGUGUAGUUCAUAUACUUGAUCCUCACAAAGGUCAAGUCAUGGUGACACUAUGUAAGGGUCAAGGUGGCACACCGGCGGACCAGCCAUUAAGGUCAUGGCACAACAGCUGGCAAAUUGUUUCAAUGGCAGCAAAUGCAGGAUUUAUCCUCAGAGAAAUCUGUCCUUUUUCCCAAGAACAGUUUGGAGGUUACAAAAGUGUUGGAUUCAGGUUUCAAGACAAGGGUUUUAACACAAACAGUUCUCUUACUCAUAUCUUUGAAAGAGCGAAGGUGGUAACUGUAGAUGACAUUGGAGCAAAAGAAAGAUGCUAUUUUUCACAGGGUCAUCAGCAGUUUGUUGUUCCUUCAUACAUCAGAGAUAAACUUGACAGAUGGAGUUUAUUGGAACAGCCACACCAUCCUAUGGCCACCCUCCACAAGUAUCUCUCAAGAAAUCUUCAAAUGCUUUGCAUGGUCUCCAUCCUACAGAAAGAUUCUGAUAAGUUGCCCAAAGUCCUUGAGGGAUACAGGUCAUCCUUGAGCAGCAUUGACCCUGGUGCAGUGGAAGAAGUCAGAAUGCAUGGGUGCCUUCAUGAUGAGGAUGUCAUGUCAAAGACAUUGGAGAGAAUUGUAUCUGAUAAGAGCAAGAGCUCUAAAGAUAUGAAAAACAUGCAGAAUCUUGUCUUUGCAAAUUUAUCAGGUUUGGAAGAUAGUUGUGCUGACACUGCCCAGUGUGCAUUUUCCAACCCAGUAGUAACAGAGGAAGAUGAAGGACAUGCAGAAGUCAAAAGUGAAGAUGUUACCAGGAGAGUGUUUACUCAUGGAGUUAGCCAAGACACAGUAAAUGGCAAACCUGCAUCACUGCAGAAUCCAGUUGGAAACUUUCAUGAACACAGCACUGAUGUCACUGCCACUAAACUGAAAGCAUUGUCUUCGUCAGUGUUUGUUGUGUGGAAAGCUGCAAAUUCACAGACCUCCUUAACCAGCGUAGGCUGUGAGAAGGAUACAGCUUCUGAAAGCCCUGUUGUUUUGCAAGGUGCACAAAUCCAGAGCCCAGACGACACUCUGUUUCACUUGCGCUGCUCUCUUCUUGAAAAUCUUCCUCACAUAGCAGCACUUGCUGAAAGCAACAACAAAUCCUGCAGGACUUUCCUGGUCACUGGAUCAGUAUUUAACAAGUGUGCCAUCAGCUCCUUAAGCCUUCCUGUAUCCCAUGAAAUGCUCUUCAUUUCUUUUACAAGUGAUCUCCGAGUAGAUGAUCUUAUAAACCACUACCGAGCUACUUUGAAAGACUUUGUGAAAGAAGACAUUGUAACAGUACAGCAGGAAGAAUGUCAAGUCGGGGUUUGCAAUAAAGGAUUUCUCAGCGAUUUUCUUAUUCUGCAGACAUCAGAAACUUCUACAGUCUUGGGCCAUGUCUUCAAAUACCAACACUUUCAAAAUCCAGGUUCGUUAAAAGGCAAGGAGCAGGAAUUAAAGCUUUUGCAAACUUCUUUGCAAGGAGUUGGAAUGCUGCUUUAUCUAGAGCAAAUUGUCCUAGCUGCUACCAAAAUGCCUGAUGUUCGUCUUCUGUGGUCUGAAGAUCAUCGCUUUCUGAACCAGUUUCAUGAGCCAUCAGACAUAGUUACAAUGAAUAAUUUUAAGCCAUUCAGCUUGUAUCCUGUUCGUUUUGUGCAUGAUGUCAGUUUCUGGGAGAAUCCAGAAAGGAUAUUUGAUGAAACAGACUUCUUUGACAUAAUCAGAGAUGCUGCAGGAGACAUUGUGACAAGUGUAGCUCUCCUAGACAAAUUUAACAAUUUAGAAACUGGCAAAACUAGCCGUUGUUACCGUUUGGUUUUCCAGGCACAUGAUCAGGCACUAUCCUACAUCACCUCUUGGAAACUUCAGUGCAGGAUAAGACUUGAGAUUGCCCAGAAGCUUGGUGUAGAACUUCGUUGAAAGUUUUUUCUUCAACAUUGUCUAAAUGAAAAGCCAUUAUAAGCUUGUCUACAUAGAUGAUUAUAAGUUUCUCUAGAUGUUUAGUGCUGAAAACUUUAGAGAUGUAUAAAGGCAUUGGAACUGUAAAUGAUUUAGCAGAUCAUGACAGUACAAAAUGAACUCAAAAAUAGUCAGCAGAGUAGAAAGAUACCCCACCCAAAAAUAAUCUUGGAGCAAAGUUGUAAUGAUUUUUUCCCCUCACUAGUAAAUAUAUAAAUGACAAGCCUCUCUACUGGCUAUUACAUGAUAUGUAAUCUAUUGUAAGCUAACAUCUAAUAAAAUGCCUAGUUUUAAAGUGA